AUGGCCAUUUCAAGUAUAACACCUGCUUCAACUCCAGUGGUGGUCGUAAGUCCAUAUGUGACUAUUCAACCUCCCAUGUCCCGCUGUGGACGCGGUCCAGGACUGCUUCUCAUCCGACCUCAUUGUUAUGCGACAUGCCAAGAGCAAAAUGAGUCACUCGACCCGGAGCCUCUUAAGAAAUGGGCUGAGGAGAGCUUUACGGUAGCGCAGGUUACCCUGGAUGAUCAAUCUGCCAGCGACAAAUCAGUUCUACGAGAGCUUCUCCUCAAGGCUGAGCAGGACUUGAUUAAGAGACCAGAAUGUGAUACCACGGAAAAAAUCGGGUUGAUAGUCUACGGUGCAAGAGCAGAUUAUCCUCCCCAGUUCGAGGAUAGUCUCCAAGAUGCACUGGCUCAAGGCACGAAAUCGAUCGCAGCUGUGUUCUUUGACUCAUGGAACAUUCCUUACUUUCAAUCAACACUCAUGCAGCUCUCUAGUCCAUCUGAAGGCGAGAAAAGGGAUGGGCAGACUAUCCGCGUAUACUCCGACGUGCCCUCGCCAGGUUUUAUCAUUCCAGGGCACCCCGAUUUCAAGAUAUCGACCGCUGGAGUGGCCCACACUCGUACUCUCGGAUUUAUCAAGAAGCACUUGGGCGGCCCUUUCUUUGACCUCGAGAAGAUCUGGGAUGAGCACACUUUCUAUGAAUUUGAAGAACGCUCAGUCGAAAAGACAAUGGCGACAAUGGUCCAAGAGCCUUAUGUGAACCACGUGCCAACCUUGACCGGAGGCAUUGGACGAGCUCGACUGAGCCACUUUUAUCUCAACAAUUUCAUUUUCAACAACCCCGAUGACUCAGAAUUGGAGCUGAUUAGUCGGACAGUUGGCAUCGACAGAAUCGUAGACGAAUUUAUCUUAGUUUUUACUCAUGUGAAGGAAAUGGAUUGGAUAAUCCCCGGCAUUCCACCCACGGGCAGACAUGUUCAAGUUCCAUUCACAUCCGUCGUUAACAUCCGCGGGGAUCGCUUGUAUCAUGAACACAUUGCAUGGGACCAAGCAACAGUUCUUGUGCAACUCGGCUUGUUACCCGAAUACCUUCCGUUUCCCUAUGCACUUCCCGAUGGGUCUGUGCCAGCGCAUGGUAAGCGGUUUGAGUAUCGAGUGCCAGCAGCUGGCGUGGAGAGUGCCGUCAAACUUCGAGAUGAGCAUGCAGUGCCCUCGAACUUGAUGUUUAACUAUCAGAUCCGCGAGGUGGGGAUCGAUGAGAGCCUUGAUAAACGACGGGAUGAUUCAUUG